UAGACAUCACUAAAAAAAAAAGUAAAUGACGAGAGGAAACUCGAGGAAAACCUUUGUUGUUAGUUUUCUUUGUAGAUAGGUAGCUUUAAAUUUUUGAAACCUUUUAAUUUUGGUUCCUAAUUAUUAAAAAUGAAUUUAUCUUAGUUCUCCUUUAAAAUCUCAGUGAGAUCUUUAGUGAGUAGGUCAUGGCUCUUAAGUUAUUUUAGUUUACAAUGUGAAAUCGACUAACUGACGUAUAAUGAAAUCUUUAUAACUGUCCUCGCGGCUGUGGUCUAAGAUGUCAUCAGUAGGGCAGUUAGUGCCUCAGGUGACACGUGGCCCUCCCAACAUGACCAUCAAAUUCAACGGACCACACAUAGAAGGCUCAUUCUGCUCCCUGAUAGAUUACAACUAUGAUCCCAUUAUCAGUGUGAUUUGUGCAAUGUAUAUUAUCUUUGGAAUUGUCUACACACUCUUUGGGUACCGAUGUUUCAAAGCAAGUAUGUUUCUAACGGGUUUCACAUUUGGUUCGGCAAUAGUUUAUCUAAUAUGUCUUCAGGAAUAUUUGAUGCCACCAUAUGGGAAUGUCGGUGUGGCAGUGUGUGCUGGACUACUAUUCGGCCUCAUAACAAUGUUGAUCCAGUAUGUGGGCCUGUUCAUGACGGGUUUCCACACGGGCCUCCUGCUCGCCAUCGCAGGCCUCGCCAUCUACGACCACUUUCUCGAAAGCAGACCUAAUACGUACUGGCUCUGCGUGGUGGUGUUGCUCGUUUCCGGGAUAUUCUUCGCGGUCGUUAACCUCUACUGGAAGAAAGUGCUGACGGUAUUCGGCACGAGCGUGUACGGCGGCGCCGUCAUCGCGACCUGCCUCGACUACUUUCUGGAGCGCAUGGUCAUGCUCAAGUGGUUAUGGGAGCGCGCUAAGCUGGAGCCAGUGGUGGUGCCGCCGUGUCGGCUGUCGUGGCUGGCGCUGGCCGCGUGGCCUGCAGCCACGAUCGUUGGCUUUGUAGCGCAGGGUGCGCUUACCGCCGCCGGGACGCACCACGAGCAAAGUAUAGGCGCGCAGAAGCGUCGACUGAAGGCGCAGCAGUCGCGGCCGGUGACGCGCGAGCAACGCGCCGAGAUGAAGCAGCGCAAGUACCGAUACCUGUACCAGGUGCGUACGGCGCACGGGGACGUGAUCUCGCAGUCGUACGUGCAGGCGCUGCAGAAGAAGGCGCAGUGCGGCAACUGGAGCGGCGCGUGCGGCGGCGGCGGCGGCGGCGAGUGCAGCACGCUGCAGAGCGACUCCACGCACCUCACCGUGCUGGCGCCGCCCACCGACUCCGACGACGACCUCAACCAGAUCCGCGCCGCGCACUAGGGGGCGCAGUGUGACGCCGCGUCUCGAAUUGAAUGACGAAUACUUCCUCUGUCCGCCUGUCGGCGUCGCUGCCGGUCGCAGGCCGCCCAGAGCGCCACCAGUAUUAUUGUAAGAGAUAUCCACUCAUGUCAUUAUAUUAUAUUAUAUUAGUAGUGAUCAAUAUUAUCGAUGUAUUUGUAUUGGAUGUGAUUUUAUGACAUAUUAUUAUUAUUAUUGUAUUUACAUUGUAAUCACAUUACUAAUGUUUAGGUGUCGGAGUUUGAGGCCAUGUUUUAUUUUGGAAACUAUUUUCGAUUCCACGUAAUUUUCUUAACUUAUAAAAUAAAAUUGUUACAAACUCGGAAGUUAUCGAUAUUUUAAAGGGUCGAUGCGACGCAACUGCGCGUGCGCGAGCCCGCUAGGAGUUAAUUAGAAUAUCGUUAUCUAGUGACGUCGAUCCUUACUGAAAUAAUGAAAACACUGCCAUAUUAAUAGCUUUUAUAAAUACUUUAUAGGUAUUAAAUAAUUGUAAAGAGUCCGCGAUGGCCUCGGACUCCGCCGCGUGUGUCGGCCACACGUGUGAGCGCACUCGCGUCUGACGCACUGGACGAAGUCUUCUCCUCUGUUGAACGUUUCGAGAUUUAUUAUUAUUACUAAUGACAUUCCCACGUUUCGUUACUCAUACGCUUUGGCGAGAUUAGUUGCGUUAGGAGUUUCGUUCUAAUUGCCUAUUUGUUUUAGGACUAUCUUUCCUGCCCUUAGACUGAACUGAACGAUUACGAAUAUUUUGUUGGUAGUGUUCCUUUGCCAAGCACAAAGCUGUCGAGCGUGAACGUGAACGUGAACGUGAACGUGAACGGGUAAGCUCUAUAAGAGCGUAGACUAGUGACGUGUACGCGUCCGCGCGGGGCGGGGGCGCGGCUGGUGCGUACGGGUGCGUACGGGUGCGUACGGCCUCCACCGUCCCGAGCGGAACGGAGCGUACAUGUACAUAUUCGACGUGUGAUAUGUUAUAUUUUGGCCAAAGUUUAUUUAAGUUGUUACAGCUAAAAGCACAAUUAUUUUUAUUCACUUUUGAUGUUUACUGCUUUCUUGAAUGUCAAGUGCCCGUGUCGACGGUGAGUCGACGUCGGUAAACCGGCGGUCAGCGGCUGCAGUGAGAUACGUAGUGGUACGGAAGGUGAAUAGCGUGUACAUAUUAUACAGUAGCUUUAAGUGAUAGCGGUAGCGUAGGCGGCGACUGGUCGCGUCCGCCGGGUGUGCCCCGUUCGCUCAACCUCUAGUCCCAGUCCCCGCACACUCCCCUAGUGCGACCACGUCGCUGCACUCAGAUUGGUCGUUUCGAUGUGUUUUGUUUUGUAAAUGUUUAUUCAAUUAGACUCUUGCGACUGUUAUUUUAUUUUAAUUUUAUUAUUAAUAUGUUUGUGUUGAUUUGUACUGAAUUUUAUUAUUUUAUAUUAUUUUUCGAACGUAUGUUUGUGUGUGUGUUUUAUUUCGUUCCCCUCCCGUUCCUCACACCCAGUCGCUCUCGCAUAAGAUUAUAUUACAUAUAUAGGAUAGGUUGGUGAAAUAUAAUCGAUCGUAUAAGUCGAAUCGCUAGGGACGCAAACCGGAGCCGAGACGCGUCUGCCGUCUCGUGAGUACUCUCAGAACAAUAAUAUAUUAAGUGAGGUCUCAGUAGUAGUCGAUAGUAGUAUUACGCGCGGCGCAAUCGUUCCGUUAAUAUUUAAUUUGAAUGGCAUUCACCAGUGCACAGUGACUAUGAUCACUUAAUGAAAAUGAUAUGUUGAUAUCGUAUAAUUUCCCAUUUACGUACUGUCGUCGUAAGUUGUCGUGAGCCCCCGGCCAACUCCCGGCCCCCCGGGUGCGAGGGCGAGUGCCGGUACCGACGUCCGAUAGCGGUGUUUCGAGUCAGUUGCGAAAUGAACAGAAACACCCGGGAAACGGAAGAAGUGAUAUUUAAAAAUUAAAAAUGUACGUGAAUUGUAUUUUUGUAAAUAUGUUGUAGGCGAAAUAAUCUAUUUUCAGUAAUAGCGAUUGCAUUCUCAUCGAAAAACUAAUUUGAUCGUCGUCGUUCUUUCAAUGCUCUCCUGCGCACUCGCCCGAGCGCAGCUGCCGCGACGCGCGACGCGCGCAUACGGGUGACGCAUUGUAAUGUUUUCAGUCGAAAGUUCAAGUCUUGUAACAAAUUAGAAAUGCAGACACGUAGUAUUUAUUCUGGUUUUUAAAAAGCCGCUUUGAUAUUGAUGUAUUUAAAAAUUCUAGUAUAUUUGGGGUUCCGUAUCACAAAAGGUAAAAAGGGUUCAAAGUGAGACUCCGUCCAUCUAAAUAUAGCUCACGCCUGUGCCUCGGAGGCCUGAACGGUAGGUUCAAACCUAUGUGUGUGUGAAUGUUGUGCAUCGGCUAUCGUCGUAUUCAGAAACAAGACAAACCCGUGCUACCGCCUGUACUCUGAUAUUAUAUAAAUCGUAAUAUUAUAGAGCUGCUUUCACCUAUUUUUCCUAAAUUGAAAUGCAAGAAUCGAUUUGACUUUGACAAAGCAAACACGACGAGGAGUUAUGCCGCUCUGUAGUACGGUCUGCAUUAAAACCAUAACCCUCAAAGGCUCAUUUAUUUGCCGCCUCGCUCGCACUGCUUGCAACGACGACUGUUUUACACACACUUUUAGUGUGUGAUGGAGUUAAAUUUGCAAGAGUUCUUUAAGACCAAAUUACUUUUGCCAAUCGCUUUUGUACAGUGCGAUACGAUUGUUUCUGAUGUUAGCCGAUGCACAAUAUUUAUCAUGCAGUAGGUACUAUACGAAGUUAGUCACUAUUGGCAACUGUUCGGACGUAAAUACUUAGCUAUUUUCUUUAAAAAGUGAACUGUUGAGGCUUCGCAAAGAAACAUGUUUCUCUGAACAUAGAGCUCUCACUUUAAUAAAUCAGGUGAUCAGAAAAUAAUAUUGGAAUAAGAAUUCCUUUAACAGAAGCAUUGCCGAGCGUAUGUGACACUUAUAACACAGUUCUACUAUUUUCAUUUCCGUGUAUGCGUCGUAACUCGUUUGCAUUUCAAGUUUCACUUCAAAAUAUAAAAUAGCAAUCACAUAAGUUCUAUGAAACCUCUCGGGGAUGAAUGGAAUGGGUUUCACGAACUGAUCACCGAGCAGGGUUGGAUACGGAACCCUAGCGAGUCACAAUCGCAAUUGAUGUGUGUUUAAAAGUUACGUUCGUUUUAAAUUGUCUUAAAGUACCUGUAGUAGUGUAAAUGUCAACGCGCAAUUUCGCGUUUUCGUAACGCACAAUUCAAAGAAGAAAUUUCAAUCACCGCACAAGUCGAUAAUAAUACUCCAAAAGUAUAUUCUCUCAAACCUUUAUUUCGAAAAAAUAUACUUUUGAGACAUAAUAGAUAUAGAUAUAACUUACUUAAGUAGCAAACUUCUCUCCUACUCGUACACAAUACCGUCACCAACGCCGCCAACGCCAGAGGCCGGCGGCGAGCGGCGGGCGUGCUCGUGCGGCGUCGUGUUUUCAUAAUAUCCGAUCUGAUAUCGUAGCCGACACCGAUUUAUAAACUGUCUCGGUGUGCGCAGCCCCUUUUGCGCAACGGCCAUUUUGCGUUUUUUGUAUUAUAGUCUGCUAUGAUGACC